AUGGCGCGGUUAAAUGACGAUAGUCAACAAGACGUCGAUUGCACAGAGAUCUUAAGCCCACAACCAUUUGCCCCUCAAGGCAAAGGCUUCCUCGUAUCCUCCCUCGAGUCUAGCAACGAGUCAUACCCUGCCGAUAAUGCCCAGAUGUCCGCCACCCAAGAAUAUGAAUACAACUCUUCCUCCUCCUCCACCCGCCAUUCAACAAGCGACGUCUUCGGCCGUGAAAUGGACGAUGAACUAGACCAACUGAAAUCCAGAGCAUCGAGUCGCUCAUCACUAUCCUCAAUCCCGGCCUCCGUCCUCAUCCACCCAGUCGACAGAAUGAAACAAAUGCCAGACAUGGACAUUCACGAAAAGAUAGCUGGCUACAGAAUAGAAGAGUCCGAAGCUAGCUUCGGCGACUUCAACGACAUCCCCGCUAACAUCCGCACCAUCCGCCAGCGCGAAGCCGCCUUCCGAAAACCGAGUUCCGUCAGAGCGAUGCAGAUGCACACAGAAGACGAAGCCGAUGACGACGAGUAUCUAACACCCCCACGCCGACGACAAGCCCUCCGGUCACGAUCACCUGGGCCCUCGCCACUGAAACGGUCACCGUAUUACUCGCCCAAUGCAUCGAAACAACCAAAGCCAAGGAAAGAGGCUCCACUUGUGCUGCUGCAUUGCACCUUGCUCCCGCCGUCCAUCCCAGUACCUGGAGCAUCGGACCCUAGGAACCAGGAUAUUUUGGAAGACGAGCUACCGGCGGAAUACUGGAAGCGCUGGCGGCGGCUGCAGGAUCGAGUUGGAUCGGGUGUGCUGCGCGAUCGCGGCGUGCUUAUCUCGCACCCGGAGGAUCUGUACGACAUUCUAGAGGAGCGACUGUUGGAGAGUCUCGAGCUGCAACGACCACGGCUGCAGAACGGACACUUCGUGGGUCGGGAGGACCAUGCCUCUGGCUCCGGCUCCGAGGGAGAUUUCUCGGAUAUCGGAGAGAGCGAGACGGACGGCGAGCAGGGCGAUGAGUGUCCCGACUGUGGGAACCAUGUGCCGCACGGAGAUAGCAACCGCAAAUGGGAGAUUCGGGUAUUUGCCGCGAACGGGCUUAUGCGCGCUGGGGCGUGGGCUGCUGCAUGGCGCGAUAUGGAGAAAGUUGAUGUCGAGGUUGGGCUUUGGUUACCUUCUGAUGUCCGCCGAGGCCUGGAGAGGAGGCUUGCGGAGGAGCAGAUGUCAGUUAUGGAACAGGCUCAGAGUCAGAUGCCGCAGAUGCAGAUGCAGAUGCAGAUGUCGCCAUCGGUUGAUGGUGGGCAUCAGGUCCCACCGGAGAUUCUGCAGUCGCCUAGGCAGAGUCAUGCUCGUAUGAUCAGUGAUGUGGGGUCUUUCCAGUCUGAUGAGAUGACUUUCAGGCAGGCUUUCCCUGAAGCUGGAGCUCGCCUCGACCAUGCGCCUGAGUUUGGACGGGAGAAGAAACAACACGAGGUUGCUCUUUCGACUCUAUUCGUCAAUUAUAUCCGUGUUCUGGCGGCCGAUAGGCGCAAUCUUGCCCUGCUUCUUCUCAGUGUCCUUGUCGCUUUCCUUGCUAUUGGUUCUCGCCAGCAGCAAGUCCCUGUCUAUUCCCAUCUUGGUUCUUUUUCGCCGGCCUUGUCGAAUGAUAUCUUGCCCUCCCCAGCUAUGCCGAGUUUGAGCAUGGCUCCAUCUAUGUCUCCUUCUGUCUCUCUUGCGAGCUCGGUCAGUUCGAGCGAAGCAUUGGUCGUGAGCUCAGCUGGCUCUGUGUCGACUGAAUCUGUGGGUGCUAGUGCGAGGGAGAUGAUUCCAAUGUCCGAGAUAAUAAAGCCUACUUCUCUGACUGUUGACUCUCCUGAUUCUCAGGCUCAAGUUGAGGAGGCAGCAGAUUCUUCUUCUUUGUCUGCGGUCCUUAUUGAAUCUCCCAUUGUGCCUUUGGAGUCCGCGGCGCCUAUAGAGACCACGACGCCUCAGCUUGAGGGCACCGACUUGGAUAACACUGUGGACUCUUCUGUUGUGUCUUCUCCUUCUUCCACUGACUCUAUCGACUCUUCCGUUCUGUCGGAGGUGUCUACAGAGACUACACAACCUCAACCUGAGGACAACGCACAUGAUCUUUUGGAUGACACUGUGGACUCCCCUGCUGCGUCUGCAGAACGCUCUCCUUCCCCAACUGACUCCGAUGAAUCUCCCGUUCUGUCAGAUAUGCCUGCAGAAAACGAGGAGCCCCAGCUUGAGAGUGAAACAGAAAUCCUUUUGGAUGACAAUGCUGGACCUCUCACUAUGUCCGCAGAGUCUUCUCCUUCUACUGACUCUAUCGAUUCUCCCAUUUUAUUGGAUGUGGCUACAGAGACUGCACAGCCUGAUACUCAAGGCGAAAAAGAAGCACAGCACGAAGAACACGAACAAUCGGAUUGA